GCCCCGGGGCCCGGACGCCACGGGUUCGAGGCCGGGCCCCGCGCGGGGAGGCCGCGCCACCCCGGGGGAGCUGCCCGGCGGCGAGUUUGCCCGGCAGCCGAAAUAAGGCGGGAGCCUGCGGGGGCCCUCGGAACCCCCUGCCAACCCGGGCCUGGAGUCCUCGGGGAGCGGCUGCUUCCUGGGACGCCCUCUCGGACGUCCCCGCCGAAGGGUAACGGUUAAGGGCAGAAGGCGCCUUCGGGUGACUCCCGGCGGGGCCCUGCGAGCCGCAGGAGCCGACCCCGGGGCCGCGAGCGGGGAGGAAGGGGCUUGGCGGAGACGCGGGGCCGGAGACCGAAGGAGCGGGAGCGCGGCGGAGCGGAGCCGGGCCUCCCGGUCGCGGGGCAGGGCAGCGCCUCGGCUGCAGACGAACUCUGGGACCCUCGAGUGCGGGGGCCUCGGCAACCUGCCCCGCGGGGAGCGCGGCCGCGGAGUGGCCUACGGGGGACCCUCCCCCAGAGGGGCCGGCCCGGGGCGGGGAGAUGAACGGCUUUAGCACAGAGGAGGACAGCCGGGAAGGGCCCCCCGCCGCCCCCGCCGCCGCCCCGGGCUACGGCCAGAGCUGCUGCCUCAUCGAGGACGGCGAGCGCUGCGUCCGGCCCGCGGGCAACGCCUCCUUCAGCAAGAGGGUGCAGAAGAGCAUCUCGCAGAAGAAACUCAAGCUGGACAUCGACAAGAGCGUAAGACACCUGUAUAUUUGCGAUUUCCACAAAAAUUUCAUCCAGAGUGUACGAAAUAAAAGGAAGAGGAAGACAAGUGACGAUGGUGGAGAUUCUCCUGAGCAUGACACUGACAUUCCUGAGGUUGAUCUGUUCCAGCUGCAGGUGAACACUCUCCGACGUUAUAAACGGCACUACAAAUUGCAGACCAGACCAGGCUUCAAUAAGGCCCAGUUAGCAGAAACUGUCAGCCGACACUUCAGGAACAUACCCGUGAAUGAAAAGGAGACGCUCGCUUACUUCAUCUACAUGGUGAAGAGUAACAAGAGUAGACUGGACCAGAAAUCAGAGGGCGGCAAGCAGCUUGAGUGAUGAUGAAGCACAUCUUCAAGAAAUGAAGUAUAAUGCUUAAUGCACAGGUGAUAUCUGCUACAUUUAAGCCCGUAAAGACUGUUAAAUUUUAUUGUAAAUAAAAAAGUUUGAAUGAUGAAUACUGUAAAUCUUUUCGGUCAGGAGGAUUAUAUUCUCAUGAUUCAGCAUGUUUAUACACAGACUUUAAGGCAACUACUGGACUAAAAAAAGAAAAAAGAUCGGAAAAAGAAUGAAAGAAAAACAAUGUAUUGCCACAUUCAGCAAAGCAUUAAGUCAGUUCUACUGGAAAUGUGGGAUGACAGAUAUUUUGGUAGUCAUCUUGUAAUUCCAUGCUGCCACAUGUGAGGUGUAGCCCUGGACCAGCAGCGAGGUAUGGCUUGGCGGGGAGGUACAUGAGCAGACCCGUCUGCUGGGGACAUAGGCGCCCCUCUUUGUUGCAGGCUUUGUCGCUUAUCAGCAAAUCCAUUUGACACUGGUCCCUCGCCAGCUUUGUGCUUUGCACACAGUAGGCACUCAGUCAGGAUUUGCUGGUUAAUCCAGCUGUCACUAACAGUGCCAGCCUUGUGCUUCCCACCUCCAGGUAUUGAGGCCUCUGCCGUUUCUGUUGCUCACCACUUAACUUCCGGAGUGUGAGGAAAUCCUGACGCACCAACAGGAUAUUUCAGGUCAGACGAGAACUUCAGGGCAAUCUCACGUGCCAGGCUGUAUCUGUGGAGGUUCCAAAAACACUGAGGCAGAGCCCCUCCCGGGAGCCACGGCUCUUUGUUCACCCCUUCAUGCUUCAUGGUCAAGUUAUGUAUUGUGACUUCAGCCAUUCUCCUGUGCCAGAAAUGCUUUGACAAAUGAAGAUAUUUAGUGGCGUGGGGCUCAUGUUCUCAGAAGUACUAAUCCUUAAUUCACAACCACAAGAAAGCUGCCACGGACCAUGUGGUUCCUGCUCCAAAGUCCAGCUCUGGGAUAGAAAGUCUGACCAGCUUUGACCUCCUUGGAGGUCAGCAGCAAAUCAUGGGUUUGAGCAACACAGGUCAGUGCCAUCCGAUGUUCAUUUUUGUGAGCAAUUUGCCUCUCCUUUAGGGGGGACGAUUGCUAAAGUUUUUUAAGUAUUAACAAUUACCUGAUUUUUUUUAUGUUCAAAAACUCAGAUUCCUCUAUCUAAUUAUAUCAGAGCCAAAGUAUCCUUUGAAAACAAAGCUUUAUAUCCAAAAGUAUGCUUUUGCAAAAUUUUCUAGUCAGUGUGUUGGGGGGCAGAGGGUGUGGACAGGGAGUGGGAAGGAAAGAGAAGAAAGGACUUGAAUUCUAAUUUCUGACCAUCUUGACAUAUAUUGUGGUCAAAGGUAUCACUUUCUUACUCAGUUUUCAUUCUGAGUUCUUUCUUAAGCCUUAAAAAAUAAAAGCAGGGCUUCCCUGGUGGCGCAGUGGUUGAGAGUCCGCCUGCCGAUGCAGGGGACGCGGGUUCGUGCCCCGGUCCGGGAAGAUCCCACAUGCCGCGGAGCGCCUGGGCCCGUGAGCCAUGGCCGCUGAGCCUGCGCGUCCGGAGCGGGUGCUCCGCAACGGGAGAGGCCACAACAGUGAGAGGCCCGCGUAUGGCAAAAAAUAAAUAAAUAAAAUAAAAUAAAAGCAGCAGUGGACAGCCUGGCCUGGCGGAGCAUUUUAGUGACUCACUGACGGCUUAAUCUGAGCAUCCACGCAGAGAAGUCAGAACAACCCCACCCCCUGGCCCCCAAGCAUGGUGGUGGAGUGGCCAAAGGUCUCAGUUCCGUGGAGCAUGCAUUCCGUGGACGGGGACAGGGCCACCACUCUCACUAAAUAAAACGAUGUGUGUUCGCUGUAGCCAAGGUUUCACCAGUGUUCACGAUGCAUGUCUAGCAGAUUGCAGCCUUUUAAAAUAUGUAUAAAUGAAUGUACAUAGAGCAUACUCUAGACUAUGAAGGGAUCUUAUUUUCAUACACCUGGGCACGUGAGGGUGCUCUCUGCGUGUUUUUAGUUGUGCAGGUUCAAUAGGUAUUUAGAGUGUCUCGCUACUCACAGCUGAAGGCUGUUGAUGUGUGAGCAUCAGGAAGGCUCUAAAGUAUGUGGCUUAUGUCGGUGUUUUUCCUGAGAAGCUGAGUUAGAAAGGCUUUGAAGGUGUCAAACACCAAACCCCCUUUGUCAAGGGGAGUGUUUUCUCAUCAGGCUGGAGUUUGGGGACAGGUGGGGUUAAGGCGUUGGUAACCUGCUCUCUGGAAAUGUCCACAUCUUAUUGAGAAAAAAAGUGUGUCUUUCUGAUGUUUGAACCAGAAUUGUGGAUGUGUAGGUCUUGUCACUGUUUCUUCAAUAGCAGAUCUGUGUUCCCAGUUGAGAGACAGCAGUACGCUUCUAUACAAGAAGCUGUGGUGUUAGGCUCCGUCUGUUCAAGUGUGUCUGUAAGAGUGCUUUCAUUCCCACGUGAAGCCUGGGGAAACUUUCCCCUCUCAGCCAGAUGCUGUGCAUACUCGAGUCCCAAGCCGUCUUUCCUCUAAGGAGAGGUCCUUUGGAAAGUGGAGGUUAUGGGUGUCUUAACUGUUGAAAGCAUGUCAGGUGAGAGAGAAGACAGAGCUCUCUGAACUUAUAUUUUCCUUGUGUGCAGAAAUCUAUUCUUUCAUCAGACCACUAAGCCACUUGCCUUAGCCUCUUCUGCAGUCUCCCAUGGCUUGAUCUGGGGCAGGAGACUUCUGCCUGUCAGAGGUGGCCGACCCUCCAAAGCAACCGGAUCUGGCUUUGGGGAGCAGUGGGGCUUGGGGAAAGCAGCCCUCAUCGUGGCUGCCUGUUUUUUAUACCACCUGUCAAGGACUCGUGUGUCUCUCCACCUGUAAUGUUGCAACAUUGCCUUCUCUCCUCUUGGUGCUCCUGGGCAAAACUGGAAUGUGCAAUCCAGAACUGGCACUGUCUUAAACAGCACAGCUCCUGCCUCAGUUUCCAGCCUGCUGUGAUUCUUUCAUAGGCCCUGAAGGGUGUCACAUGGAAUUGUCAACAUCUUGCCAUUUGUGUUGCUUCAUUUUAAGGUUUUUAAAAAACAAACGGACAAACUUCUUAUUUCAACGAACAAACCCUUAGGUUGGCAACAUCAUGUGAAAACAAUCAUAGCUGAAUCCCUUGAAAGAUUGCAACCAAAGGAUUCAAGACCGCUGGUGUAAAAGGAAGAGGAAUUUCAUUUAUGUGAUACAGCCGCCAAGUUGUUAGACGUUCCUGUCAUAGCUAAAUAGUCACAUCUAGUCUUCCAGAGAGCAGAUAUUAAUAAUUGUUUGCAGCUGGAAUGUUGCAUCUAACCUUGGCAUUUCAGCUGUUUAUUUUGUGGGGACUUUUUUGUUAAUAUCCUGGAGGGCACCUGCCUGGUAGAAAGGAGAAAGUAGGAGAGGGAAGUUACUCAGAGGCCCGACCAUGGAUCCCAGAGUUGUUGCUGCACAGAAAUCAUCCGAAGGCUCUCAGUCAUUACCAUGACAAGAUCCAGAAGUUGGGAAAGGACCUUUAAGUCAUCCAGUCCAGUCUCCCCAUAGGUGCUGGCAUUCUGCCUACAACCGUCCCACCAAGGUUUGAGCAGUCUGGGCUUAAACACCUCUGAGGACAGAGAACUCACUACCUCCUGGGGAAGGCUGUUCUAUCUUUGUAAACCUCUGGCUUUUCUAUGUUCUCUGGAAUUUCCAUCUUAGUCUCUGCCUAAUGGGGGCCAAGUUAGUUGGCCAAGGACCUAAUUGCUGCACUGUCCCAGGGCAUAGUGUUUGUCUCUGGGGAAGGAGCAGCUAGCAUAUAGACACUCUGGUGUCCUGGCUGUCCUUCCCCCCUAGUAUUAGUUCCUUAUUGGAGAUGUUGAGGUAACCCCAAUGUCAUCCUGCUGGGACGAAGUAUAACAUCAUUUUACUCCCUUGAUCUUGCUAAAGCUGAUGGAGGAGGUCAGGGUAGGAGGGAGUGCUAUCAGGCUGCUAAAAAAAAUACCUUAAGACAGAGGAGGCCUUAGUUUUGUGCUUGCCUCACAAAAACUGAUGCUCAUAUCACUUAGGAAAAGUUGUAGCUAGAAGAUUUUAAAAUAUGAUCAUUGCUCUGUCUGAAGUUGAAAGGUUAUAGGGCCCCUGAGGGCUUGUACCUUAAGAUUCCUGCAAGUACGUCACACAUUGUUUUUAUGGAGAAAACAAAGCUUAGAAACUUGGGAGAACCACAUGUCUCAGUGCCAGAGAAGUGCCGUAUUUUCAGGCUGGAAAGUCCUUUGAGGUCGCCGUUGCCCAGUCCUUGAUUUUUAGAGAUGGGGAAACUGAGAUUUGCAAAGACUUGCCCGAGUGCUGUGGCAUCAUCUGGACUAGCCUUCUGUCCUCCUGACGCUUCUGGCGCUCGUUCACUUUCCAACUUGCAGCAUAGCUGUAACCCAGUCUGCAGUGAGCUGCCCUCAGAACCUUGAGACCUAGCCCUUGAGCAGAGGUUCCCAAGGCCAGCCUGGCUCUCAGGGAACCAACCUGUAGAACUCAAGGUUGUGAGACAGGACUGGGAAGGCAGUCAGUUGAGUUUUGCAAAAUGAAUGGGAGGGGAGAACAGAAGGAGCCUGUAAUUUAAGACCAAGGUUCCAAAGUCCUGGCGGGAAAUGUGGUGGUGUCCUAGCCUCUAAAUUCUCACUAAAUACACUUGCCUUUCAGGUGGGUCACUCAGGUGACCCUGACAUGAACAGACACAGCUCUGUGGCCCUGCCGUUUGCAGCCCCCAUCCCUGUUAGCGAGAGAGGCAGUUGAACUGAAGGACAGGUGAGCUCAAGAUCAUGCCCUGGGAAGCAUGGUGCUUUAGGGAUGCCUUUGUAUUCCUUUCACUUUAUUACAGACUGUUUUCAAGUUUAUGGUUAGGAAGGGUAAAGUGAUCCCAUUUUUUGAGGUGGAAUCCAGCCGGGGGCAAGGUGGGACCUUUUCUUAGAGUAGGAAUGUCUACAAUCAGUCAUUUCAUCUAGCUUGCACCUUCAAACGCAAACCCUUCGGUGGCUUUCACUUAAUGAACACAUCUUUGCCAAUGACAGAGGCUUGUACAGGAUCCCUGUUUUCACAUGUCUAUUAUCUGUUAUUCCCGUCAGAGUGUUUUGGGGGUGCGGGUUGGUUUGGGUUUUUUUUCCAUUUUGUGACUGCCUUAUCGAAAAGCAAGUGCCCUUCCAUUCCAGGCUUCCUCAUAUUGUACAUGUUUCCUGCCAAACUGGGGGGAUCAUUUGUAUUUUAAUUUUGUAAUCUAUGGCUCUGUACUGUUGAAAGGCUCUCAAUUCUGUGGGGUCUCCUUAGUAUGUAUGUGACUUUUCAUGUUGCAGUAUCACACAGAUGGGAUGGCCCGACUUUCGCUCUUAAUAAACGAU